AAUUUGAAUUGUUACAGUUGUCGACCCUGGGAUACACGACGACGAAAUUGUAACAAAAACAUAUGUUGAUACUAUAUAAGUAAAUACGUUUAUAAAUGUAAUGUCGACGUCAAUUUUAAACCAAUUUUAUCCUAUUUACUACUUUUUUUUAACAUUUCUUCCCACGUAAAAUUUGAAAAGAUUGCAAAUCAAAAAUGAGCGAGAAAGAAACAAAUCAAAAUCUUUCUCUGCAGAAAGUUUUAUUACCUGGUCAUGAUCCUGGAUGGAACGAUCCUCCAAAAUGGGCAUAUUCUACUUUGCAAAGUAGUUCUGUAACUUCUACUAAGAGAGUAUUAAAUAAGAGAGUGGCAUUUCCUAUGUCUUCUGUACAAGCUACAGAUAAGGAAUCUUCUGGAAAAAAACCACUAAACAUGCCACCGCCAAUGCAAUCUUCUAUUAGUUUAACAACAGUAUCUCAUCCUUCAUUGUUAUGUCCCUCAAACAAAAAUACAGAAGAAAAUAUGAUUGAUAUAGAGAUUGAUAAACAGGUAACAUUAAACACUGUUUUGAAAAAUUUAGAAGCUGUGAUUAAUGAACAUAUAUUGGAAAAAAGUAGAACUGAAGAGCUGAGGAAGAGACUAGAUUUAUUAAAGGCUGUAUGGCUUCAAGAUAAAUUAAAUAAUACAAUAUAUAAAAAUGUUUUAGAUUUGUCUACAGCUUUACGAGAGGGAGAUAUUGAAAAAGCUGAUGAAAUACAUGUUUCACUAAUGAUGCAACAUGCUAGUUUGUGUAGCACAUGGAUUCCUGGAAUUAGACACAUUAUUUUGGAAUUGAAAACUAAAACGAAAAAUCUGGAUGCAAUGCAACCUCAAAGUUCAGAGUUACAUUUAUUAUCAAUUAGAGAAAAUGAAUAAAUGAAGAUUCUUUGAGCAUAAAGUACUUGUGUACAGUAAUUGCAUUUCAAUAUUGACUUCGUGUGUCAUUUAUAAGUAAAUUUAUAUAUUAAAUUAAUUUAAUUGAUAUUAUUAAAAUGUGAAUAGUAAAAAAAACUACUGAUAUUAUGAAUAUAACAAAUUUUAUUACAAUAAAACAAAUUCCAUCAAAUUUAUAUGUUUAUAUCAUGACAUUUAUCGAUAACGUGGAAACUUAAACGUAAUUUUACAGUACUUGAUAUCCAAACGAUACAAAAUUAAUAUUGCGAUGUUAUUUUUAUAUGCGUAUGUUCGAAGAAUGUAUUGACUCAUGAUUUAUUUUCAAAUUUAGCGCUUUUUAUCAGAUGAUAAAUGAUAAAUAAAUAUUAAGUCGUAACAAAGUUCUCCGAUCUUUUGCUAGAGUUCGCUUUUUGACAUUAAAUUAUUGUCUCGAUUAGCAAAAUCCGUGAGUUAAACAUACGUAUCUGUUCAAUGUAGCCAUAGUCAAUUUGAAUCAUACUUUGUUAACGUGUGUUUGUACGUAAAGAUAUUAAAAAAUGUCAUUUAUAAUUAUUAUUAUUUACUACUAUCAACACGUCUAUUAGGAGACUGAUUAUAAACUCACACUGCUGAAUAUUCGGCUUUCAUCGAGAGAUUAGCAGUAAUGCGUAAUCGAUUGAUCGAUUUUAUUUAUCGUAUCGUGGUUCGAUUGAGUCAGUUAAAAGAAUUGAACGUGUUUAGACGUUUAGAAGUGAAUAUCACGUUGGAAAUUAUGUUAUCUUCGUUAUUAGAUAUCAAUCGAAAGAGUGAGAAUAGAAAAAAAAAAGUGAGAGAAGGGUUAUUCGGUGAGUACGAUUCAUUUAAUACUCAUAUUAAAUACAUAACAUUUUUAUUGUACCAUGAUAUGCAUGAUUAAUGCUUUAGUUUAUCGAAUCUGCGUUGCAAAUUUUUUUUUUUCCAACUUCUACAUAUUCUUCACCAUAUUAUAUAAAAAGCAAUUUCAUUACAAUAAAUAAGAGAAAUGAUCGUAUAGAAAAUGACAUGCGUUAUAUGUAAGUGAAUACAAGUAUCUGAAUCCAUAAAUGUGUCGAAGCAAGUCAAUCCAUUACGUUGAUCUCAAUCGAUCAAAUGAACAUUUACCAUCGACGAGGAAAAUAUCGAUCGAGUGUUCCAUGAGCGUAUUUAAUAUACUAGAGAUCAAGAUUUGGUCUUCUUUUUUUUUUUUUUCCUUUU